AACUAAUCUAUGUGCUGUGUUGGAACUUAGCAUGUUUGUAGGGUUAUAUGGUUUUGUUUUUAACAAAUAUUUUACAAUCCUGAUACUGGCUGGUAUAAUCGAAUUGGCUAGUUUCCAGUUGUUAUCUUAUCAAAUCGUUUGCCUUCACUUUUUCCUUCAUGUUUGAGUUCUUUGUUAUUCCAUUUUUCUUCCCUUAUAACUAGUGGUCACAUCUUCAGAAUUAAUGUAUAGCUAAACCCAAUUCCAGCCGGCUAAAUGCUAUUGGACCAUCACCCAAAAAAGAAUAUGGAUUACCAUCUCUUUCUGGUUUCCAUUUGUAAGAUAGUUCAAAUAUUUUCAUAUAUUUAGUUAACUUGAAUCAUAGUUGCCUUCAAAUUUGUACUGAGCAAUUUUGUGGCUGCAUGAUGUAGUUCUCAACCCCAUUCGAUGUGUAUUGUUUUGACUUAUUAACAAAAAAGACCAUAUUCUACAUCUAUAAGUUUGGAUUGCUUUGUUGCUGGUUAAGAGAGAUUUUGUGCGAAUUGAUCUAUAUGUUAAACGGGUUUACAUAAACUUGAGUUUGUACGGUGGUGCUUCAAACAGUAUUGUCGGAGUUCCCGCCUUUCAAAGCCCUCUCGUGGACCUGUCCCAGCUGAUCUGCGUGGGAAGUGCUUCAAUUGUUUCUCCCCUUCCCACCGUGCGGCUGUGUGUCGCGGUCAGGUGCGGCGUUUCCUCUGCCGCUUGCUUGGGGGGAGCCCCCACCAGUGGAGGCUUCUCUCUGUGCAAUGGAGGGAGCUCAGGGAGACUGUGGUCGGUGCUGCUGGCGCUUGUGUGGAGCCGAGGAAGCGUACUCGUCGUGAUCAUAGACGUCGGAAGGUUGUUCCUGAUGGAGGUCAAGUCCGCGGCUCCUCUAUUCGUGCCUCGCCUCUACUCUCUCCCUCCAUCACCUCGGGGGAUUCAAUCUCGAAUGUGAGAAUCUUCAGGCGUUCAAGGAUGGUUGAUCGGGCCGAGGAUGACCUUCGUCGCGCGUUGAUCGUCACCGUUCUUGGCCAGGAGAGUUCUGACUGCGCCACGGGUCCUGGAUGUGCUCGCCUCGAGGGUUGGCCUUGAGGCUGAUGCGCUUCAGCUCCGACGUGCUGCGUCAAACUCUUUCUUGGUAUUCUUCCCCUCUGAGGAUCAUGUUGUCCGUGCCUUUAAUGGAGGACCCCCCUAUCAGGUUGCAUAUUAGGCGGUGGUCUCAUCAGGCGUCGGCCGCUGGUGGCGGCGCCUUGCCGGUGCUUCUCGACAUUGAACUUUGAGGGAUUCCUGCCCAUCUCUAGGGAAUUAGCAUGACGGAGCAUCUUCUUAGUACUCACUGCUUAAUUCAAGGUCUGCACCCAGAUUCUGUGGAUGAAGUUAACAUGUCUGUGUUGAAGCUGAAGGCCUAGAGUUCCAUUCCGGUUUGUCUGUCUGCUGUCUUGGAUCUUCACGCUGAAGAGCCGUCGGUUCUUGGAGAGGAUGGCUCGUGUUUCCCUCGCACUUUAGUUUACUCUGUUUCAGUUUCAGUUUCAGUGAAGGUCCUCCGUUCGUGUGACUUGCCGGGUGGAAGCCAGCCUCCGCCUCCCCCGCCUUCCCCGCCGGACGUUGAUGGCGAAGACCGUGAUCAGGACCAUCACAGGCGGCGGCCGCGUUUGCUGGAUUAACCGCUUUCCUCUGUUCGGACCUCGGUGCAUGCACGAUGACCACGUGUCGCUUCAUCUUCGGCGGAGGUUGGACCAGUUGAUGUCGCUUCGGUUGAAGAGUUAACGGUGCAUGUGCCCUCCCCUCCGCGUGUCCCUUUGGUUUCCAUGGGGGGUAGGCUAGUCGAUGCCAUUACUCUCUUGAGUGCCUCGGUUGUAGAGUUGGAGGCGCCUGCGUCCCCCCCCUCCCGGAGUCUUUCCCGGCGGUGCCGUAUCGGCGUAUCCUAUGUUGAAUGAUUUGGAUGCCGGCCCGGUGUCAGCAGUUAUGUCGCCCUCCCAGCUGGAUUCUCCUGUCCCGGAAAGGGAUAUUCAUGUUGUCUCAGUGGACAAAAGGUUUCUGGCGUCUUCAUCUGGUACUGGUUUGAAUGUUUCUGCCUCUAUUGAAGCGGGACAACUUGAAUCUCAGGAGGAGAACCAAAGUAAUUGUAAUAUGGAGGAAAGGGCUUCAGCCUUGAACUUGUCCUUGGGAACAACAAACUCAUGGGUCUGCAAAAUUAGGGCUAAGCCCCCUUGUUUCAAAGUCUAUGCCAGGAGAAGAAGGGUUCAGGUUCAGCCGCCGCAGACUGAUAAUUCUGGACUUUCUACUCCUUUACUGGAAUUCCUUGAAGGGGCUACAAAACCGACUGAUGGUCUUUUGCCACCUAGCUCCACCUCAUUCUGUAAAACGAAAGAAGAAAAAGAUGCCAAGUAAUUUUCAGCUGAGGCAAAGUAGGGGGGUGGCCAGGAUGCCACCUGAAUUGGGGUCCAGUUCUGCUGCGCACAUAUGCAGGCAUUUGGGGUUUUCUGAUGAACAAGAGAAUGUCUCUUUCAAAGAUGCAAGCAAUUAUGCUAGACUGUUUGAUUCAGCCCUCUCCAUGGAGCACAUUGCUGCUCUGGCAGCCUUGUUUGGCUGGGAUGUGCCUCCAGCUGGGCAGACCUGAUCAGUGGGUUUUUUGGUGGUCCUGGUAGUUGCUCUUUUAUGUUUUCAUGGAUCCUAGCUGUUUUCUAAUCUGGAAUGGGAGGUGUCUUAAUGGCCGUGCUAAGAGGGACUCUGUUAAGUCACUGGUAUUUGACAUCAAACCUUCUAUUGUUUGUUUGCAAGAAACCAAAUUAUGCUCAAUAUCAGAUUUCGAUAUCCUAUCUAUUUUAGGUGCUGGAUAUAGUAAUUUUGUGUAUUACCCUGCGCAUGGGACCAGAGGAGGUAUUCUUGUGGCCUGGCGUGAUGGAUCCUAUUCCUCUAGUGCCUCUGUUAUCAAGGAAUACUCUGUCUCAGUUCAAUUUCAGUUAAUGUCUAGUCAUCUUUGGUGGUUCACAGGUGUGUAUGGGCCUCAUCAAGACAAUCUCAAACAUUAUUUCCUCCAGGAGCUAAGAGAGGUCAGGAACGAUUGUGUUGGCCCAUGGAUUAUUGCUGGUGAUUUUAAUCUGAUUUACAGGUCGGAGGACAAGAACAAUUCCAAUAUAAAUCGGGUUCUGUUGGGUAGUUUCAGGAACUCGAUCAAUUCCUUGGACUUGAAGGAAAUUCCAAUGUCUGGAAGGAGAUUUACUUGGUCAAACCAGAGGGAGGAUCCCACUCUUGUUAAGCUGGACCAUAUUUUCUGUACUAGCAUCUGGGAAGAUUACUUUCCUGACUGUAUGCUUUGUAGCAGUGCAACUGAAAUCUCUGACCACUGUCCUCUGAUUCUCAAGCUCAGAGUGGAUCUCAGGGGGAAGCGUAGAUUCCAUUUCGAAAGUUUCUGGCCCAACUUCCCUGGGUUCUUGGAAGAGGUUGCUGCCUCUUGGAACGAGCCGAUUCAAGGCUCCUGCCCUCUUGAGAAGGUGUCUUUGAAGCUUAAAAGAUUAUCCAGAAGGCUGCAGUCUUGGGGGCACAAAGUGGUAGGCAAUAUUGGGUUCCAAUUGGGAUUAGCUCGUGAGGUGCUACAUAAAUUGGAGAUAGCUCAAGACAGCAGGGUAUUGUCUAUAGAGGAAGGCUCGUCUCCGCAAGAAGAGGAAUUUUAUUUCUAAAUUAGAAGAUGAUGGGAGGAUUGUCACCAAUCAUGAGCAAACGCAGGA